AUGGAGGUGGAUGACUCCCCCCCAGGCGGAGCCCGUCCGGGGACUCCGCUCCUGGGUGAAAACUCUGAACCCCCCUCAGGACCUACCACCCCGACCCCCCUACCCCGGAACUCCCUGAAGAGAAGGGCCUUAUUCUCCCCACAGAAGACUCCCACUGCAGCUCCGGUCCCUGUAUCCCAUUUGCCGCAAGCCCCAUCGAUCUGCGAGCAGGUCAGCAUGGUAGCAGACGACCAGCUAGUCCUUCUUAAUGAUUGGAAACUAGCAAUGACCUCUCUUGCUAAAGCUCUAGAUCUAACUGUCUCCUCUCUACAGGGCCGCCCAAGAGACCUGGCCCGGGGGCUUGCAGCCAGAUUUGUUUCCCUAGCAAAACAGGACUCCCCUCAGCAGAUUCCUCUGAUGACAGCAGUUGCACCCCCACAGCCAUCCAGGCAGAUGGAACAGCCAAACCAACCUCCCACUCCUGAGGCUUGCGAAGGCCCCCUGAAGAGGCGAACCUCGCAGCCUACAACCUGGGCAUCCCUGACAGCCCCAAGAGCUGGUCAGGGGAACUGGCAAACUAUUGCCCCAGAACACCGCAAGGUCUUCUUACUAUCAGAGAAGGCUGCAAGCCUAGCUGGGGAUGGAUACUUUGAAAUACCAACAGAGUAUCACCAGGUUAUUAUCCCCCGGAUCCCGAAACAACUCUGGUCCCUGGAUGGAUGGAUAGAUACUACAAUUACAGAUAUCAGCAAUGAAGCAGAGCGCAUUACUGGUAUUAAACCACUCAUGGCCAAACUCUCAAAGCACCCAGUAGAGAGGGACUCUAUCACAGCAGUCAUAGCCUUUCCAAAAAGGCUACAACACCCCUUGCAACUCUUUGGCUUGUCUGGCCUAUCAAGGCCCACUCGCCCCAAGCAAAGGCCUUUGCAAUGCACCCGAUGCCACCGCUUCCAUGAUAUACAAGCCUGCCGCUCCAGCAAACACUGUAUCUCCUGCGGAUCCUCAAAACAGGAACACAACUGCUCCCAUUCCCUCCCAGAACCAAUCUCACCAGAUAUCACCACAAUCUACACGGCAGGCCUUACUAUCAUCAAUGUCUACUGCCCCCCUAAUGACCCAGUUGCCCCUGCUGGUGCUGGCUCAACACCCUCUACACUUUCUACACUCCUAGGAUAUGCACCCCCAGAGAACACCAUCCUAGCAGGAGACUUCAAUACCCGGCACCCAUUCUGGCAGCCAGAUACUGAGUCUCAUGCUAUCACACCUGGCGCAACAGGAUUAUUAGACUGGCUUGAUGCCCAUGAGCUGGAACUUCGCCUCGAGCCAGGCACCCCCACCCGUGGACCAAACACCCUAGACCUUGUCUUCUCUAACCUACCACUAAGGGCCCUAGUAGAAGACCAUCUAAAGACUCCAAGUGACCAUGCAACAAUUGGAAUAAUACUGGAACAAGAAGAGCCCUCGCCUAUAUACAAGCUUGGAUCCACCAACUGGGAGAAAGCCAGAGCCCUGGCAAGCCCGCCUGACCCAACCCUACUAAUUGACCUACUAGCCAAACAACUGGUCCAGAUAUCCCAGCUUGCAAUACAAGGCACAUCAAGAUACAAUACUCGCAGACUCCCCAGGACCCCAUGGUGGACUCCAGAACUAACAGACAUACUACACCAAACAAGACAGCAACAAAACCCCGACUAUAAACAGCUCUGGAAGGCCAUUAUACAACAUCCAGACCAGCUCGCUGCUCCUCCCCUGAAUAUACAAGGGGCACAGGUUACUACCCCACAGGGCAAGGCAGACGCCUUCCUUAAUCACCUCUUAGAGAAGGGGGCCCUGCUUCCAAAUCAGACAGAAGAGGGACCCCCAAACAAGCCCCUCAGCUCACUACACCUGCCAACAAAAGAGCACUGCUGGGCUGCUCUCUGUGCCCCACCCCUGUCUGCCCCCAGGGAGGACAGACUUGCCACCACUGCUUGGAGGGAGCUCUGGCCCAGGGACUAUACCCAACUUAAUGCCUGGCGGCCAAUUAGCCUCCUCUCUACCCUAGGUAAAGGCCUAGAGCGCCUCCUAGCACAGCAGAUAGCUGUAAGAGCAAUUCAGGCAGAUGUGCUAGCCCCCUGCCACUUCGGGGCCCUGCCAGGAUGCUCUGCCAUUGACCUGGUCCAGGUUCUUGUUCACAGGGUAGAGGAGGCCUUUCAACAGGGAAAAGAUGCUUCACUACUCCUACUAGAUGUGAAAGGGGCAUUUGAUGCUGUAAUACACCAACGGCUCCUUUCUCACUUACGCCUGCAAGGAUGGCAUAAAGGCUUACUCCAGCUACUUAAGGACUGGCUUACUGGCCGCUCUGUAUCUGUUCAUAUCAAAGAAGGCACUGCCACAGCACCAAUUAAAGGCAGACUCCCCCAGGGAUCCCCCCUAUCCCCAAUACUCUUCCUGCUAUAUGCAGCAAGAAUAGUCUCUACCUUAGAGGGCUCCUUCUGCUAUGCAGAUGAUAUGGGCAUAUUAUUAACUGGGAAUACCCUGGAAGAGAGCUCACAACAACUGGUAGAGGCCUACAAGCAAAUUACUGCCCUAGGGACAGAGACAGGCCUUCCUUUCUUAAUAGAGAAAACAGAGAUACAAUACUUCUCUAGAAAGCAGCAGCAGCAUCUCCCCACAGUUACUCUACCUGCUCUGUAUGGGUCAGAAGUCUUCUAUACAGGCAAAAGACAAAAAGGGGUAGUUAACUCCCUGCUUUCUCUCUUCCGCACAGCAGCCCUGGCUAUUAUCCCAGCCUACAAGACCACCCCUACUGCAGCACUUCUGCGCGAAGCAGACCUACCAGACCCAGAAGCUCUACUCAACAGCAUCCUCCGGAGGGCAGCAGUGAGAUACAUGAGCCUCGACACUAAACACCCAAUUGCCCAAAUAGCCGCAGAGACUACCGCGGGCAGGCCCAAAACCAGGCUUAAAAGGAUCCUACAGCUCCUCCUCAGCCCCCUGCCAGAGCACGCUAUAAUAGAGCUGCCUCUCCCUCCAUUAUGCAUGCUCCCAACAGACAACAAAGACUAUAGCCCUGCCCCUUUACAGAUUUCAGUAUACUCAGAUGGCUCACGGACCAGCCAGGGGGCAGGGUAUGGCUAUGCAGUCUACUUUGGCCCUAUCCUAGUAUCCACGGGACAUGGCCCCGCGGGCCCUAGGACGGAAGUCUAUGAUGCAGAAAUCAUGGGUGCUGUGGAAGGCCUACGCGCAGCCCUGGGACAACCAUGUGUUGGCUACUCCACCCAGCUAGUUAUCCUCCUAGAUAACCUAGCUGCAGCCUCCCUGCUAGCAAGCUAUAGGCCAACCCCUCACAGACAUGGUCUGUCAGAGACCUUUAGCCAACUAGCCGCCCAGUGGAUGGAAAGCCCUUCAAUCCUAACCAUGCAACGGAAGCCCCUUCAGGUCCGCUGGAUCCCAGGUCACUCUGGCAUUGCUGGGAAUGAGCUGGCAGACAAGCUCGCUAAGCUAGGGUCUUCUAUAUACAGCCCCGACAUCCCCCCCUCCCCAGCAUACCUAUGA